ACGUUGUUGGGACGCAAACCCUAGAAACCGUCCUAAAGCUGAUAAAUUGUCUGAGAUAUUAGAUAAUUGGUAUUGGAAUCUUUAUGAUAAAUUAGAGACUCCUGAAAGUUUAGCAUUCAUGGCUUCUGAUAACAAUAUGCCACAACCAGGUAGUCAAACUUCUAGUAGAGCCGUAACGCAGACGCAUCCACUUGCUUUUUACACGAGUGGAUCUUUUAGUUUUCAGAAUCUUCCUAUACCAGUGAAUUCUCCUUCAAUUAAUUAUCGAUCAAGCUUGGUUUCUUAUAGUGGCAUGACCCGCGACAUAGAUUUUAGGACUGUCCUUAAUAAAGACGAACCUAAUGAGCAUAUAAGGCAUCUUGAUAAAACAACUAUAUUAGAAUCCGGAACCAUGAAAUUCGAACCUUCAACAAUUGAUGCUUCUGCUACAUCAGAAG